AAAAAUUUAGAAAAAGCCUUUUAUUGGUAUCAAAAAGCAGCAGAAAAUAUGUAUCAUUUAGCUAAUGAAUGUUAUAAUAAUGGAAAAGGAACAGAAAAGAAUUUGGAAAAAGCCCUUUAUUGGUAUCAAAAAGCAGCAGAAAGUGGUUAUACUGAUGCAAUGUUUAAUUUAGCUGUAUGUUAUAUAAAAGGAAAAGGAACAGAAGUGAAUUUAGAAAAAGCCAAUUAUUGGUAUCAAAAAGCGGCAAUGCAAUACAAACAGAUUAUGAGGUCAUUCUUAAAACAUUUAAUAAUUCAUCAAGUUUAA